AGCGGCUGACUGAGCCUGGAGAGGAAACGGCAUUCGGAGCCGCGCUCCCGCCAAGGCCGGCCCUGACGCGGGCCUCGUCAGCCGGUAACGGGGAGCAGAGGUGGGGGUCAGGGAGGCGACCAGGAAAACGGUGAAGGCAGGAGCUGGGAGGAGGCGGCAGCGGCAGCAGCAGGAGCAGCAGCAGCAGCGGCGGCAGCUGGGAGGAGGUGGUGACGGUGGCAACGGCAGCGUCGGGAACGAUGGCGCGACUGGUGGCAGUGUGCAGGGACGGGGAGGAGGAGUUCCCCUUCGAGAGGAGACAGAUUCCUCUCUACAUAGACGACACUCUCACGAUGGUGAUGGAAUUUCCUGACAACGUACUAAAUCUCGAUGGGCAUCAAAAUAAUGGUGCACAACUAAAGCAGUUUAUUCAGCGACAUAGUAUGCUUAAGCAGCAAGAUCUAAGUAUUGCCAUGGUGGUGACAUCACGGGAAGUAUUGAGUGCACUUUCUCAGCUCGUCCCAUGUGUUGGUUGUCGUCGCAGUGUGGAGCGCCUCUUUUCCCAGCUUGUAGAGUCUGGAAAUCCUGCCCUUGAACCCCUGACAGUAGGCCCCAAGGGAGUCCUGUCUGUAACUCGAAGCUGCAUGACUGAUGCAAAGAAGCUUUAUACCUUAUUUUAUGUACAUGGGUCCAAACUAAACGACAUGAUAGAUGCUAUUCCAAAAAGUAAAAAGAACAAGAGAUGUCAGUUGCACUCCUUAGAUACACACAAACCAAAACCUUUGGGAGGUUGUUGGAUGGACGUCUGGGAACUAAUGUCCCAAGAAUGCAGGGAUGAAGUAGUUUUAAUUGACUCUAGUUGUCUCUUAGAAACACUAGAAACAUACCUGCGAAAACACAGGUUUUGCACUGAUUGCAAAAAUAAAGUUCUCCGAGCAUACAAUAUCCUUAUUGGUGAACUUGAUUGCAGCAAAGAGAAGGGCUACUGUGCUGCACUUUAUGAAGGUUUGCGGUGCUGUCCACAUGAACGGCACAUACAUGUUUGCUGUGAAACAGACUUCAUUGCACAUCUUUUGGGUCGUGCUGAGCCAGAGUUCGCAGGAGGGUAUGAACGAAGAGAAAGGCAUGCUAAGACAAUAGAUAUAGCUCAAGAAGAAGUUCUGACCUGCUUGGGAAUUCAUCUUUAUGAAAGACUGCAUCGAAUCUGGCAAAAACUACGAGCAGAAGAGCAAACAUGGCAGAUGCUUUUCUAUCUUGGUGUUGAUGCUUUGCGCAAGAGUUUUGAGAUGACUGUGGAAAAAGUACAGGGUAUUAGCCGAUUGGAACAACUUUGUGAAGAGUUUUCAGAGGAGGAACGAGUAAGAGAACUCAAGCAAGAAAAGAAACGCCAGAAACGGAAGAACAGACGAAAAAAUAAAUGUGUAUGUGAUAUUCCUACUCCUUUACAAGCAGCAGAUGAAAAGGAAGUAAGCCAAGAGAAGGAAACAGACUUCAUAGAAAACAGCUGCAAAGCCUGUGGCAGCACCGAAGAUGGUAAUAGUUGUGUAGAAGUAAUUGUUACCAACGAAAACACAUCAUGUACCUGUCCUAGCAGCGGCAAUCUUUUGGGGUCCCCUAAAAUAAAGAAAGGCUUAUCACCACACUGUAAUGGUAGUGAUUGUGGAUAUUCAUCUAGUAUGGAAGGGAGUGAAACAGGUUCUCGGGAGGGUUCGGAUGUUGCUUGCACUGAAGGCAUUUGUAAUCACGAUGAACACGGUGACGACUCCUGUGUUCAUCACUGUGAAGACAAAGAAGAUGAUGGUGAUAGUUGUGUUGAAUGUUGGGCAAAUUCUGAAGAGAACAACACCAAAGGAAAAAAUAAAAAGAAGAAAAAGAAAAGUAAGAUGUUGAAAUGUGAUGAACAUAUCCAAAAGCUUGGAAGCUGUAUUACAGAUCCAGGUAAUCGAGAGACCUCAGGAAAUACCGUGCACACAGUGUUUCACCGCGACAAGACCAAAGAUGCACAUCCUGAAAGCUGUUGCAGUCCUGAAAAGGGUGGGCAGCCACUGCCUUGGUUUGAGCAUAGGAAAAAUGUACCACAGUUUGCAGAACCUAUAGAGCCAUCAUUUGGUCCUGAUUGUGGAAAAGGUGCCAAGAGCUUAGUUGAACUCCUUGAUGAGUCUGAAUGUACUUCAGAUGAGGAAAUCUUUAUCUCACAAGAUGAAAUACAGUCAUUUAUGGCUAAUAACCAGUCUUUCUACAGCAAUAGAGAACAAUACCGACAGCAUCUGAAGGAGAAAUUUAAUAAAUACUGCCGCUUAAAUGAUCACAAGAGGCCCAUCUGUAGUGGCUGGUUGACAACGGCUGGAGCAAAUUAA